AGACGGCACAUCAUGACGUGGAGGCUUCUCCGCGUUGCUAGAGGGUCCAUGUCUCACCCGCGUUGACUUGAGCUUCUGUUGCAACUCUAAGUCUUAUUAGCAUUCUCUAUGUAAUGGCCGCGUCUUGUUAUAGGCAUUCCAAACAAACCAUGGUGAUCUUCUAUGUCAACAAAUUACUUAAAAUACUGACAUGAAGCCAUGUAAAUUUCUUCUGUCAAGCCAGGUCUUUCUUUACUUUCGUUCGCUAUUACAGCCCAGUCGCUCUUUUUGCACUCAUGCAUUUUCUCUUCUCAUUCGUUCUCUUCAAUCUUUAAGUCACUCUUUUAGCUUAUUUAUCAUUUCAGCGCUCGCUUGGUUUCGCCGCCGCAAUGUCAACAGGAUACUCACUUACGCAACACUAUGGUGGCCAGGGGCUGCUUGAUAGCUUCAGUUUCUUUACGGGCAGUGACCCUACCAACGGCUUCGUCGAUUAUCAGAGUAAAGAGAAUGCUCUAGCUCAGAAUUUAGUAUCCGUCGGCAGCGAUUACAAUAACGUGAUACUGGGUGUCGAUUCAAACAACACUUACACCACAAGUGAUAAGGGGCGGCCUAGUGUUCGUCUUACUAGCCACGACAGCUUUACCCAUGGGCUUUUUAUCGCGGAUAUAUAUCAUAUGCCAUCAUCGACAUGUGGCACUUGGCCUGCUUUUUGGGCUUUCAAUAACCAGGAGGGGGUUGAAUGGCCCGUAGGAGGUGAACUUGAGAUUAUCGAAGGCGCCAACACUGCCCAAAGAAACUUGUUUUCUGCUCAUACAACUGAGGGAUGUCAACUUCAAAAGAAUGCUGCUAUAGGAGAUCAAGGCCACGCGAAUUGUUCGCCGGGACCCGGAAACAUUGGUUGUAACUAUGCGACACCUCAAUCUGACACGACUUCGUAUGGUGAUUCAUUCAACGCGGAAGGAGGGGGUGUGUAUGCGAUGGAGUGGGGUUCUGAAGACCUGAAAUUAUGGCAUUUCCCACGCUCUGCCAUCCCCGAUAAUAUCGUGUACGGUCAUGUCGUAGGACCCAACCCGUCAAGUUGGGGUCCACCGCAAGCAAUCUUUGGUGGAUCUUCCUGCAGCCCGGACGAAUUCUUCUUCAACAUGAGCCUUGUGCUAAAUAUUAACUUCUGCGGUGAUUACGCAGACAAUAUCUGGGGCAAAGCCGACCAGUGCAACCAACUCGCACCUACAUGUGAGGAAUAUGUUGCUAGCAAUCCGGAUAGUUUUCAAGGAGCAUAUUGGGAUAUCAAUUUUAUCGACGUUUACCAAUAUGGACCACUGACUAACAUGACGAUUCCUCCCGCAAACACCACUACCUCUUCAAGUGCUUCUAACCCAACAGCUAUUCCGACCGCCGUGGUCCCGACUCGUACUCGCACUAUUACGCUUUCUACGGUGCAACAAACGCCGACUGUUAGCCCGCGAGCAGCACCAGGUCCAGUUAGCGGCUUCACACCUCUUGGCUGCUUCGGAUCCAAGGAAGAUCAGUCAUUAUUCUCUCCUGUAUCUUCAUCACCAGAUAUGAGCCAUGAGAACUGUGUCGCUAGUUGUGCUGGGCGCAAAUAUGCCGGUGUUCAAAAUGACACAUGCUACUGCGCCGACACCCUCGGCAACACGACCUCAGUCGAGGACGCAAAAUGCGGACGCGUUCGUCCAAUUCAGAGACACCCGGUCAACUCGACUCUCCCAGUUAACGUUUCCACGACUGCUACUCAGCCCCAACCCCGGGCCGAGGCAACCAAUUUCUUCCUCGCCAUCUACGCCGACAUCGCCCAAGAACCCGCACCCCCUGGCGCCCCAGCCAUGGCCGGUGGCUUCCCCUCCAUCCCCGCGCACAACAUCACCAAGACAAAACCAGUGACUGUGACAUACACCACUAUCUGCGAGACCAACCCCGCAUCCCUGGUUGAAGUUGAAUACACAACCACAGUCACAUACGAAGACUGCGGGUGCACCAAAACACACACCAAGCCCCCUCAUCCCCACCCCGCUAUCCCGACAGCCGUGCCUAUGACCACAAUUACCGAGAAGUGCAAAGCCUGUGGUCCUCACGGCGAGAGCACGGUCAUUUUGACAGUACCUAUAGCCGCGCAUACUAAGACGAAGCAUCACACUAUUACCGCGGUCGCAGUGCAGACCGUCGUCCCGGUGAUUAACAACGGUACGGUACCUGCGCACGGAACGGCUCCGGUCCCCCCGCCCUACGUUCCUAGGCCAAAACCUACGGGUGAUCAUCUCAUUCCUAUAUCGGAGGGCCCAGGACCUGCGUCUGCUUUGCGCAUGCUUGUGACGGGGCUUGCGAUGUGGUUUGGUGUUUUCGUUGGUAUGGUGGUGUUAUGAUUACAUAUUCCACUCUUUUCUUGCAUUUUUUUCAUUGGUUUUUCUGGGUGGAUUUUUAUUCUUAUAUGUUGCCAUCUUUCCUCUUUUCCUUUCUUGUAAAACAUAUGGUGGUGCGGAGCUUCAGGAGGUGGUUGGCGUUUGGGGGACCUACCAGGGUUGGGCAAGUGUUAGGAGUAUGAUAACGAUGAUGAUGCUUCUUAGGAGAGGUGUUUUUGU